UCGCGUAAAAGUCGCGCGAGGUGGUCACGCUGCAUGACGUCAGCGGCGCUGUCACCGCUUGGGCUGCUGCGCACGUAAACAUUACGAGAGAGAACUUUGAGCCGCUUGAAAAGUGAGCGAGCAACGGCGUUCGCGAGGGAUUCGGAGCAGUUUGGGUUUUGCCGGAUGAGUUGAGCCGAGUUACUGAAUGCUUUGUAUCAGGGCUGUGGUCACUUUGUGUUUGUCCCAGCAAUGUACACGUCAAGGAAAUGAUGACUCAAGACCCAAUGAUAAAGAAGAGGGUAGUAGGUCAUGAAAAAGCCAUAGGAUGUGUCAUCAGAUUUUGAGGAAGUGGGGAAUGAUGGGAUGGAUUCAAAGAGCACAGAAUAUGAAACUCUGGGACCAGAUACUGAAAUAGCUUCCAAUUUUCAAACAGAUGUAAUGGAAGCUGCAAGUCCAUCAGUUAUACAAUCCAAAGUUAGCAAUGAGGAGGCCACUACUUCUGGUGUGAAUGUUGAAUGCCGAAUAUGUGGUGAUAAGGCUUCGGGCUUCCAUUAUGGAGUACAUGCCUGUGAAGGUUGUAAGGGUUUCUUCCGAAGAACAAUUCGCAUGAAGCUGGAAUAUGAGAAAUGUGAUCGUAACUGUAAGAUUCAGAAGAAGAACAGGAACAAGUGCCAGUAUUGUCGCUUCCAGAAGUGCCUGGCAUUAGGGAUGUCACACAAUGCCAUUCGUUUUGGCCGAAUGCCUGAAGCAGAGAAGAAAAAGCUAGUUGCGGGACUUCUAGCUGGUGAAGCAGCAGUUCAAAAUCCACAGAUAGCUGACUUAAAGUCACUGGCAAAGCAUGUUUAUAAUGCAUAUCUAAAGAACUUCAAUAUGACUAAGAAAAAAGCACGGGAUAUCCUAAGUGGAAAAGCUACCAAAGACCCUCCUUUUGUUAUUCAUGACAUGGAAACUCUUUGGCAGGCUGAAAAAAAUUUAGUUUGGAAGCAAUCAGUAAAUGGAAUUCCGAACAAAGAAAUUGCAGUUCAUGUCUUCCACCGCUGCCAGUGUACAACUGUUGAAACAGUAAGAGAACUGACUGAAUUUGCCAAGUGCAUCCCUGAAUUUUUAAACCUUUACCUAAAUGACCAGGUAACAUUACUAAAAUAUGGUGUUCAUGAAGCCAUUUUUGCCAUGUUGGCAUCGAUUAUGAAUAAAGAUGGUCUUCUUGUGGCUAAUGGAAAUGGAUUUGUUACUCGGGAAUUCCUGAGGAGCCUGCGCAAGCCAUUCAGUGAAAUUAUGGAACCCAAAUUUGAGUUUGCAGUGAAGUUCAAUGCCUUGGAACUGGAUGAUAGCGACUUGGCUCUGUUUGUAGCCACCAUUAUAUUAUGUGGAGACCGUCCUGGGUUAAUGAGUGUGAAGCAGAUUGAAGAAAUGCAGGACAGCAUUCUCCAAGCAUUGAGCCUACACUUGCAAGCCAACCAUCCGGACUCUCAAUACCUCUUUCCAAAGCUCCUCCAGAAAAUGGCUGACCUGCGCCAGCUAGUCACUGAGCACGCACAGCUUGUUCAGAAGAUUAAGAAAACUGAAGCAGAUACUUCAUUGCAUCCGCUGCUACAAGAGAUAUACAAGGACAUGUAUUGACAAACAUUGCACAUUCUAUAUUCAGCUUAAUAUAAUACUCCCAGACACCCCAAUCCCACAACUAACCAUCAUGACUCCAAUUGAUUCUUAUCAAAGGUCUUCUUGAGAUACACAAUAGAUCUGUAACUAGGUACUCCUCAUUUGUUCUUCAUUUGGAGGUUGCAGCUGAUUCAUUUGAAAUCAGCUGAACAGACUUUAUGAUUACAGCUGAAGAAUUAUGAAAAUCUGCAUAUUUACAACACUACUGACAUACUGCAAUAAAUAUGAUAGGUGUUGUAAUUUGAACUUGGUUACAGUAUUAAUACCUCUGCUUAAUAGACACAACAAUUGUCAAAAGCAAAUUUUAUAGAACUAUCCAAUGGUACUGUGCUUGCUGAGCCUAACAGCAUAAUCUGUUUGGUCAGUCUUAAUUUUUAUAUAAUUAGAGGAUAUGGAAAUUAUUAUAAAAUUGCUACAGUAAGUGUAGCUUAUACUGUAUAACAGUCUAUUGUAGAGAACGACUUGCUCCAAGAAGUACUUGGGUAAGAAUGUGCAUACAUUUAUAGAGCUAGACAUGGACUUGUAGCAUUUGUGGGGUUGGGGGGGAGGGAGACAAAAAAUUUCAAAAAGACUUUGUGUGCAGCACUUUGAAUUUUCUCAGAAAUGUGAUGAGGUGCUUAGAUAAAUGUAAUUCAUUCUUUAGUGAGGAAGAAUUUCAUUUAAAUUGACAAGUCACUUUAUUCAAAUUUCUGUAUCUGACAGCCAUACACACUGACCAAAUUCAAUUGAGGGCAAGUUUGUAAAUUCUUUAAGGAUUGGGGAAAAACUGACCCCUUAUUGAACUUGGCUCUCAGUCGGUAUUUACAUAUAUUCUAUCUAGUAUGCUUACAAUCUUCAUCUUUUUUUUAAUGAGCAUUCCUUCCUCACUGUGGUUAAAGUGCAGGAUAUUUUCACACUUUAAUAAAGCUUCCUAUUUAUAUAAUGAAGACUCUUCUAGGGAAGUAAUAUAGCCGUAAGCUUUUUAAGUGGAAAAAUAGCUUACAUGAAGACAGUGAAUUUGUAAAUUAGUUAUGAAAUAUUUGGUUUAAAUUAUUCUACAUUAAUUGACAAAUUUAUAUUUGGCCUCAUUAAAAUUACUAAUUUGGGAAUUUCUAUGGAAAAUUGACAUGUCCUAUUAGUGCUGUUUUGUGUUCUGUUGUGUGGUUUAUUAGCACAAGGAUGCAUCAGUAUUUUCUUCUCUAUUGCAUUGUAUGUUGAAGCAAUCUUUGAAACUUUGUCAUAUUUUUGGAAUGUGUGGAAUUCUAAUGGACCUGAAAAUACUGCAGUUUGCUCCAUAAAUGAUUUUAAAGAGGAAUGCUUCAAUAAGCUAGUAAAGCAAGUCUGAAGGCAGAUCUCCCAAGUUCUUGACUGGUUGACAGAGUCUGUCUUAAGCUACAACACUGGAAUCUUAUACAUCAAUUCAAAAAUGAAUUAAUUCACUGAUAGAUAAUACUAAGAAUUCAAACCUAUGAAUAUUUGAAAUGCAAAACAUUAAGUUCUAGUUGUCCCUCAAAGUUAGUAUGAUUUUUCAGGUGCUAUUGGAUCUGAUUCAUUUCCAACAUUUUCUGAUUUGAUUAAUGUAUCCAGCUUUCAAGUUUAUGUUUGCUGUGCAUGAUGCCACAAAAAUUGACACCCUUAAACUUGUUCCAAAGUAGAGCCCAUACUAAAUUUAAAUUCAGUGUGAAUUUGACAGUGGGAAUCAUAAAUAGCCUAAAUAUCAGCCAGUGUAAUGUGGACAUUUUUCCAUAAAGCCACAAUAAAUUCCAGUGUUAAUAUUUACCAUGUUUGUAUUUUGUUUUGUUGUUUAUUUAAUUGCUAUAGCUUUAAUAUAAUUUUAUGGCUGGGUCUCUUGACUAGAAUUCGAAAGGAUUUCUGAAGUCUGUGUUAUCUUCCAAGUUGAGGAUGCCCUCUGGAGUUGGCAUGGUUUUGCAGUAUUGAGUGGGUAAGAGCUGAUUAUUUGUUCAAUUGAACAUGCUGCAGAGCAUAGUGAAGACAGGAGAGAAGUGCUAAUACAGGAUUUUAACUUUGGGAAGAAGAGCAGUGAUUGAGGAGCUUGUAACAAUGACUCAUGAUUAAAUCAUGCCGUCUGAAUCCAUUUAGUAAGUUUUGUCUCUUUCAACUGACCAAAAUCUUACAUUUUUUUCUUCAGAUUUAAAAAAAAAUUCCAUUUCUCUCUCAAUUCCACAUCAUUUUUGAUUUUUUACUUUAGAAUUAUUCUUCCAGAGAUGUUCACUCUGGGUUGUGUUACCGUGACAAGAACACUGAUGCUGAGGUACAUCCUAAAAUUUGGGAAGGCUUGAAUGUAGAAGAGUUGAAGCUGAAGGAUUUUCUAUCAUUACUUGGCAGAGGUGUUAGAUAGUGAUCAGAAGUGGAAAAUAUAGCUUAUUAAUCCCAUCAGCCCCAUUAAACUUAGUUGCCAAAUCACUUAACUUGAGAAUCCUAAAUUGUGCACUUCAGCAGAUUUGGAUCUGGUGUGUGCGUGUGGAUGUUUUUUCUUCACGGGGUGGGGGGUGAUCUCUGUGAUUCAGCUAUUUGAAAUGAGAAUCACAAAAAUGUGUGUAUUAAAGGGGGCUACUGUCUAGGGUGGCAGAAUGGAAUGGGCAACUUAAAUUAUAUGCUUUUGCUAUCAUCCUUUACAUUUGUAGGAUCCUAAAUAUGUAAUUCACAAUAGGGAUGUAGUUUUCUCCAUUCAAUACAAAACUUGACAUUUUUGAGUAUACCCUCGUGAAAUAUAAUAAGAAUUGAGGGCCCUAUGCUUACUGUAUAUGAUAUGAUACCCUGAUGCACUUCACACUUGUAAGUUAUUUGAGACCUCUUUACCUCGUAAAAUCAAUAUGUAUUCAGGACAAGCACAUUAUGUUGGAAAAUAUGGAUGCAUAUGCUCACUACUAAAACAAUUCAAAUCUUUUGCCAGAUUUUGUUUUUUAAAUAUCACUCAUUAGUUUUCCUGGAGUCAUAUUGAGUCACACCAGCACUUGAAAACAAAUUAUUGCCCUGGUUGAUCUUCAUGUGCUAAAAGAUAAUGCAGGAUUGAAUGAUUGAAAUACAGUAAUGAAAAAUAAAGAUAAAAUAACUUGUGUCUGCUCGAACCACAAAUCUUUUUUCUGAAGGAGUGCAUUCAGAAAGAAGUGCCAAGGACAUUUAUUUCUUUAUUUAUGCCCAUCUGAGUUCUAAACUGGAAACAUUAAGCAUUCAUUGAUGACCCUAAUGGAUUCAGAUAAUAUAUUAAGACUUUUUUUAAGCAAGGUGAUUUAUUCAUGUAAUAUCGGUAUUUUUUGUACUAUUUUCUAACAUUCUUAGGAUACCUAUUGCAAUACCACUGCUUCCCAUAAGAUGUUACCUGUUGUCUAGUUAUUUUCAUCAAAAACUGCAAUUGAUAAACAAUUACUCAUUGGCAAUAACUGUAAUUGAUGAUUGAUGGUAAAAGUAUGUAAACAUAGAACAAAGUCUGAAAUUGAUUUGUGCACUUUUUGACGAUUUACUUCAGACUCUAAAUGGUUUUAUUUGUACAUUAGUGCUCUCCAGGUUCAUUACCAACUGUAUUUGUUCAAUUGACUGUUACAUUCUUAAGAGAUCUUCCACCAACUAGCUAUGUAUCAGCUUUAUAUUUGUAAUGAGCCUAAUGCAAUGAUUGCAAAAGGAACCUGGAAAAUUGAUUUAAGUUUUUAGUCUAAUGGACUCUAAUACUAAUUUAAGUAUAAAUAUUGGUUUAUUUAGUUUUGGAACCAAAUUGUUAAUAACCUUUUAAAAUUACUUGUUUAGUAUUAUUAGGUUAUUAUGUCUGUGGGAGAUGCAAUAAAUAUGCUUUAUUAUGUA